AUGGUGGAAAUUUUGACCAACAUGCGGUCUACAAGGCCUGAGAUCGUCCGAGCUGUUUCGGCCCGCCACGCAUUGUGGAUAUGGGGGCAAGCAUUCCGUGCGAACGGUAUGAACCGUAUGGGCCAUUUGCACAAAUACAGCCGGGCAACUCGCCGAAUCGAGGAGUUUUGGUCCCACAGUUGGCAUUGGAAGCCGUGGAUGAAAAGCACCACUGCGCUGCUCGUGAGCAACGGCUCUGCCGCGGCGGUCCUUGGGAUGGCUAGUUCUGUUCUGGCGGCAGUCUUGCUUGAAAGGCAGAUUUUGCCGGUAGAUAAUCUCGGCUGGCAGCGGUAUUUUUCCGGCUCUCACUGGACAUUGCUCUUCGGGACCCUAGCUUAUUACCUUGCCUUGAUCUUUUGGCCAUCUCAACGGCGUGUCUUCCUCGACAUCAUCUGCAUUGACCAGGACAGCCCCAGUGCCAAAGGAGAGGCCCUGCUCAGCAUCGGAGCCAUCCUAAAGAGUUCUUCAAGGAUGCUCAUUCUCUGGGACUCCACUUGGAUGGAGCGCCUUUGGUGUGUCUUCGAGCUCGCGGGGUGGUUGCACAGCCGCAAGCAGGGCACGGCCGGAAAGCGAAACGUGGGUGCUCGCCCCGUCCUCCUCGGGCCGCUUCUUGUGGCGUCUAACCUGAGCCUUGUCUUGAUGCUGCUUGGUGUCGAACCAAUAAUGUCCUACGGUCCUUGGUGGACAGUAGCAACGUAUCUCAUUCCGCUCUCCAUGGUCCUGCCAUUUUUCCUGGCUCUAAGUCACAUCGGCCGAGCAUUUUGCCGAAGCAUGGAUGAUUUGCAGCAGGCUCUGGCAACAUUCAGCGCUGGGCAGACCAAGUGCGGCUGUUGCGAUAGAGGGCAUCUAGAUGGCAAUGGUAAGCCAGUGGCUUGCGACCGCGAAGUCUUGUUCCGGUGCAUUGAGCUCUGGUACGGGGACCUGGACCGCUUUGAAGUACAUGUGAGGGGAGACGUACGAACCGCUCUCUUGGAACAAUUGACGAGUCCGCUGUUCCUGUACGGGCACGUGGUUGGAGCGGCCAGUCCCGUCAUGUGGUUCUACCUGGGAAACUCGUAUUGGCCGUUGCUGACCCUGACAGGCUCCACGGGACCUGUAUUGUCUGUUCUUGUUCAUGGUCUGACUGUGUGGCUGGCUGUGAUACCUGCUGUGUUUCUGCUUUCAGUAAUGCUGGCAUACCGGCUCCGCAGAAAACGAUCCUAUUUUGCUUUUGACAUUUUGUGCAGCAUGAUGGUGGUUCUCGCCGGCGGGUUCGUCGCACUGGCCAGCUUGGCAGGGACAUUCGGUUUUCAGCUCAUGGGCCCCGCAGCAAUUCCGAUUCCCGCGCUGGCUGUUAACUUUGCUUGCAAUCUGUGUGCAGCGUUGGCGUGCAGCUUCCUGUUUGCGAAGGCGAGGAGAUGUGCACUGGCCAUCUAG